GAGAAAAGAGGGCUAGGGUGGGGGGCAUACCCCCCACUCAUAAAAUUAGUUUAGGGGCACUAUCCACUAAUAUGUACUGCUUCAGGAGAAAGUGGGUAGCAGAGGUUAUAAUUUGGACUAAGCUAAGAAAAAGUGAGAAGAGAAGAAUGGGGAAAAAAAGGGCAAAGGGGAUUAAGAAAGAACAGAAGAAAGGGAGAAAAGUGAUAAGGAGAAAAGAGAGAAGAGGAGGACAUACGAAGAGGAUAUUUGUGAGAAAGACACGUGCAACAGACCUAGAAUAUCAAGACAUAAUGGGAGCAUUUUUAGACAAACCAAAGAUGGAAAAACAUAAUGCCCAGGGGCAGGGUAAUGGGUUGCGAUAUGGGCUAAGCAGCAUGCAAGGUUGGCGAGUUGAAAUGGAGGAUGCACAUACGGCUGUGAUCGGUUUGCCAAGUGGACUUGAAACCUGGUCAUUCUUUGCUGUGUAUGAUGGGCAUGCUGGUUCUCAGGUUGCCAAAUACUGCUGUGAGCAUUUGUUAGAUCACAUCACCAAUAACCAGGAUUUUAAAGGGUCUGCAGGAGCACCUUCUGUGGAAAAUGUAAAGAAUGGAAUCAGAACAGGUUUUCUGGAGAUUGAUGAACACAUGAGAGUUAUGUCAGAGAAGAAACAUGGUGCAGAUAGAAGUGGGUCAACAGCUGUGGGUGUCUUAAUUUCUCCUCAACAUACUUAUUUCAUUAACUGUGGAGACUCGAGAGGUUUACUUUGUAGAAACAGGAAAGUUCACUUCUUCACACAAGAUCACAAACCAAGUAAUCCGCUGGAAAAAGAACGAAUUCAGAAUGCAGGUGGUUCUGUAAUGAUUCAGCGUGUGAAUGGCUCUCUGGCUGUAUCGAGGGCCCUUGGGGACUUUGAUUACAAAUGUGUCCAUGGAAAAGGUCCUACAGAGCAGCUUGUCUCACCAGAGCCUGAAGUCCAUGAUAUUGAAAGAUCUGAAGAAGAUGAUCAAUUCAUUAUCCUUGCAUGUGAUGGUAUUUGGGAUGUUAUGGGAAAUGAAGAGCUCUGUGAUUUUGUAAGAUCCAGACUUGAAGUCACUGAUGACCUUGAGAAAGUUUGCAAUGAAGUAGUCGACACCUGUUUGUAUAAGGGAAGUCGAGACAACAUGAGUGUGAUAUUGAUCUGUUUUCCAAAUGCCCCCAAAGUAUCACCAGAAGCAGUGAAGAAGGAGGCAGAAUUGGACAAGUACCUGGAAAGCAGAGUAGAAGAAAUCAUAAAGAAGCAGGGGGAAGGCGUCCCUGACUUAGUCCAUGUGAUGCGCACAUUAGCAAGUGAGAACAUCCCCAGCCUCCCACCGGGGGGUGAAUUGGCAAGCAAGCGGAAUGUAAUUGAAGCCGUUUACAAUAGACUGAAUCCUUACAAAAAUGAUGACACUGACUCUACAUCAACUGAUGACAUGUGGUAAAACUGCUCAUCUAGCCAUGGAGUUUACCUUCACCUCCAAAGGAGAGUACAGCUCAACUUCCUUGAACCUUUUAAACAUCCAUCCUCAACUUUAAAGAAGGACAUGAGACAUGGGUGAGAGUGGAUCACACCAGAGAGCUUCAGCCGUACAACAGCUAGCCCAGGACUGGUUUUUUUGUUUUUUUGUUUUUUUGUUUUUUGUUUUUUUGUAAAUUUGAGACUUAUGUAAACGUGAUUUCAAACCAUAAUUCAUGUUGUAAAUCAGACUCCAGCAAUUUUUGUUGUAUGAUUUUGUUUUUUGUAAAGUGUAAUUGUCCUUGUACAAAAUGCUCAUAUUUAAUUAUGAACUGCUUUAAAUCACUAUCAAAGUUACAAAAAAAUGUUUGGCUUGUUGUGUGAUGCAACAGAUAUAUAGCCCUUUCAAGUCAUGUCGUGUUUGGACUUGGGGUUGGGACGGGGAGAGCAGCAGCCAUGUCAGCUACACGCUCAAAUGUGCACACGAUUAUGGAGAGUAAUUCCAAAAUCUUACGAAGCCCAAUAUGCAGGGAGUUAACUGAAAACUAUCUUGGCAGUGAGGUUGGCACUGUUGAUAAAGCUGGUCCCUUCCUUUAACUGUCUUUUAGGUUGUUCUUGCCUUGUUGCCAGGAGUAUUGCAGGUAAUACAGUAUAUUCAUAAGAAUAUCAAUCUUGGGGCUAAAAUGCCUUGAUUCUUUGCACCUCUUUUACAAGUCCUUACGUUGAAUUACUAAUUGAUAAGCAGCAGCUUCCUACAUAUAGUAGGAGACUGCCACGUUUUUGCUAUCAUGAUUGGCUGGGCCUGCUGCUGUUCCUAGUAAGGUAUUCUGAAUUCCAUUUUAUCAAUAAAGCUUGAUUUAACAAACAAGAAAUUUAAUCAUGUAUGUGUAAUUCCUCCUUUACCUCACCCUUUUAAAACACCAUGCCAUUGUAAAUGAGAAGUUUCUCAUGGGGAAAGAUGUUAGUCUCUUUUAUUGGGAAAUACUGUUACUGUACUGCAAGGCACAGAUGGAAACUGUUUCCCUUCCAUUAGAAAGACUACAAGAUUUAAGUCUCUGUUGUUUCUUAAUCUGUUUUUUAAUGGAUUUCUUUCUGGCUGCUUAUUUUUCAUUAAGAUGUGGAUCAGCUUGAAUUUGCCUACUGUUUCAUUAAAAUAAUUGUCAGAGCUUGACAAUCUAACACUCUAUAGUAGGGGUGUGUGUAGGUAUGUGUGUGUGCGCGUGCCUUUGUGUUUGUGAGUGUGUGCUUGCCUGUGAUUCUACAUUGGCCCAUGUCUUUAGAAUCCAAGUAGUUAAGAUGUAUUUGUGAUUUGAAAUAUAGCAUGUUGCUAAUAUUUAGCUGUUGGCCUUUAAAAAUAACUUUCAAAGCUUAAAGAAUUGUAGAUAUAAAAAUAACCUAAUCUAAUUUAGGCUUAAAUUCCUCUAAGCAUGUGAAAGUAAGUUUUUAAAUCUGUCACUCAGAAAAGACUACUGUUUUGUGCCCUUCUGUAUUUUUGUCUGUCUAGGUUGGAUAUUGUAUUUAUUGCCGUGUAAUUUAAUCAUUCAGUAGGCAGAUUCUCCACUAGGAAACUAUUAACAUGUAAGAUUACAAUACAGCAUUGAAUACAAAAUCGAAACUCUGUAUAAAAGGUAGUAUAAUCAGUUCUGUUAUAUUUGUUUUUUCCCUAACUUGGAAAUAUACAUAUUUGUAUAUAUAGCCUUAAAAACUAAUGUAAAGUUAGGGGAGUAGUGGGCAAAGUAAUGUGAAAUGUCUCAGAUUUAAGUAGUUACAUACCAGCAAAACCUUUUCGUUAUCCCUCUUAUUUGUGAGGAGAUUUCAAUGUAAUUUAAUUGUAUUUAAUUUAUAUCUCAAUCCAGCAUGAAUGAAGAAAAACAAGUACUAUUUAUAUUUAGAAAUUCCUAACAGUUGGAAUUACAGAACCAAUUCCAAACUUACAAAUAAAUGCUCAGUGUCUAAAUCUGUGGUAGAGUGCGAAGUAUGACAAUGUUCUGUUAUGGCUUUGCAAGCAUCUCAGUGUGCAUUCAGUAGAUACCAGUGCUUCUAGUGUAGAGUGGUUACUAGACCUACUAGUGCUGAAAACUAAAUUCCUAGUAUAAGAAGACAACUCCUUAAUUUUUAAAGUAGACUGAAUUUUUUACUUCUAGAAAUUUCAAAACCUUGAAUUAGAUUUUGAGAUGCAAAAUUGUUAAAUCACAAGUAAAAAUAUGUGAUGAAAAGCUAUAUUUCAGACCAUAAUAGCAUACUUAGAGGUUGGUGGGGGGGGGGGGGUUGAGAAUUUUUAAAUAAAAAGAGGUUAAGAUAUUCCUUGUUAACAUUAUUAGUACUGAAAAUGAAGCUUGGAAGUGAGAGAAAACUAUAUUAAUUGUUCUCUGAGAAGACUAAAUCUUUUCCACAUGAGUCAGCAUUGCCAUACAAUAUAUAAUUUUUCAUUGUAAAAAAGGAAGUAUACAUCAUAAUAGACUAUGUGUGUUCUUGAUUCUGGGGGGGGAGGGGAGAGGGUGGUGGUGGUGGGAACCAACCACACUUUUAAAAGGCACUUUUGCACCUCUCUUGUGCACUUCAUUUUUGUACCACUUAAGUUCUUGCCUUCCCGACCCCCUUUAGUGUGCUAAUUAAUUAGCAUCUCAGGGCAAUGCCUCGAAAUUUUUUCAUGUGUUGUAUGUUAUUUUCUUUGGAGGAUGAAAGUUCUUGUGUGAUGAUAGUAUACCAUUCAAAUGUACUUUCAUUUAUGUGUUUUAAUAGGACGAACUCAAUUUGCUGCUUUUAAUAGGAAAUCCAUUUUGUGUAGCAGACUCUUGUUACCUUAACAUUAAAAAAUGUCACUGAUCUCUUACUGUUUUAGCAAGGUAAGCUCUCUUAAUUUCCACUUUCUUAAGAAAUAUACUUUUACAGAUAACAGAAGCAGUUCUCAGUAUUAGCAUUAACUUUAAAAAAUCCAAGUGGUAGGUAUUUUUGUUAAUUUGCUUUAGAACUAUGUCAAACAUUUUUAAUUAUAAUGCUUGCUUCUAGAGUACCGUGCAAAUAGUGUACUGUUCCAGCCACUUAUUUUUUUUUUAGUACAUUAAGAAAUUUGGAAUACAAAUUGUAUUAUUAAGAAUGUAAAUUCUUAAUAGUACAUUAAGAAUAAAUCAGUUAUGUAAUUCAAAUAAUCUGAAUUAUACCAACACUUUUAGUAUUCAUCCAUUUGACCACAUAUUAAUUCCACUAAUAAUUCAGCUUUUCCACAAAAUGUAUUGAGGGUUAUCUACAGAACACUGUUCUAGGCUAAGUACUUUGGAACUAUAAAGAAAUGAAUAGGUCCUUGCGCUCAAGUUUACAUUUGAGUACAAUUUAUAAUCUAAUGUAUGUUAAUACUAUAACUUAAUUACUCAUUCAAAAAAAUGGUUACUGCCCUCCUACUGUCUGCCAGAUAAUUUUCCCGAACAAGGCAGGUCUCUGCCCUGAAGAGCUCAUUUAUACUUCCAUUAUUCAUUUGAAACUCUUCAUUUAUUUUUUUUCCCCAAAGUUAAAAAUCUCAGAAGAAAAUUUUACUCAGCAUAGUAAUAGAAUUGGACUGAGGAGUAUGCUUCACUCACUACCUUUUAACCAAUGGCCUGUACUCUUCCUGCUGACAGCAGCCAGGCAGAGAAAUAGGUCAUGGAUUUCCUAGAAUUCUCCAACCCUGGAAAUACUGUUGGGAGUUUGAGUUUAAGGCAUUAAAAAAUAUAUAUAUAUAUAUAGAUAUAUAUAUACACACACACACACACACACACGUGUGUAUAUAUGUAUAAUGUGUGUGUAUGUAUAUAUACACACAUAUAUAAAAAUUUAAGAAAAAUUCUGUUUCUUGAAAAAACACUGCCAGUUUUAAUAUCUGGCUUUAGCCAAAUGAUUACUAUGUUUUAAUUUUUAAGAUAAUUUCACUGCCCAUCUUUAUUGGACAAAUUCAAUUUGUGAUUUCUGAAAGAACUGACAAAAUUGGUUACAGGUUUUCUUUUUUGUUUUAAUUUUGAAUUUCAUGGCAUAUAUAUACUUUUAAUUCAUAAAGUUUGAAUUAGAGGUGUAAGCCUGUGAUGUUUGUACAGUAUUACGUUAGGAUUUGGUAGUAGAAAAUAUGUAAAUAUUUCAAUACAUAGAUGUUUCUCUUUUGAGGUUUUUCUUUGAAGGAACCUUAAAGAGUUUCAUACUUUUGCUUGCAGAUACUGCUGGUGAGAUGACCAUUUUGUAAUUUGAGUGAUCUAGUCUAAUUAGUUUUUCUUUUAGACAUUAGGAUGACUUCGUUAGAGUUUAAAACUUUAGGAGCCUAAUUUUACUUUAUUUCCUUCAAUAAUGUGCCAUGAGUUUUGGAUUGUAUUUUUAAAUUAUACAUUACUUUAGAAUAUGCUUGAAAUAUUUAAGAAUACAUUUUCUAAAUGCUGGGAGUAUAAUACUGCUGUUUUGUUGGUCAGAAUAAUAUGUCUCAAGUGUUAGUUAUUACUGAUAAUCAGAAUGCCAUACAGAAAUGAUGAGAGGCAUUUGGUUCCACUUCAUUGUCAAAUGAACAUUUCUGUUUUUGUUCACCUUCACACAGAUUCUCUCCCUUUUACCUGCUCUAUACAUAUAUUAACCUAAUGGCCUCUGCUCUUAUGUUUUCCCCGAUUAUAUUACCAGCACGUAGGAGUGCGCCAAGUAGAAGAACUCACAUCUGUUGAAAUUGUAGUUGACAUCUUAUAUUAGAUGGGGGAAUAUGUUGUUUGAAUUGAUAAAACAAAAAAGUAACUUUUUUUUCCCUCCCUCAUCCAGCAGAAAUGUUGCUUUAUUUCCUCUACUACCCUCUUAGUGAUGUUCUUUCUCUCUCUCUGUCUCUUUUUAAGCAGGCCAAUUCUGUUUUCUUGGGUGCAUUACCUUACCAAGGCCAAUUAAUAACACUAUAUAAAAGUGGGCCAAAAAUAAGAAAACUUGGGAGAUUAAGGGGUGGGGAGAUGCCAGUGAGGAAGACAGAGAGGAUUACUCUUAAUUAUUUUAAAAGCCAUAGGAAGGUCCUCCUUAAGCCCAGCUGUAUAUUAUUAAGAACUGUUGCAUCACAUAAACCAGCAAAGAACCGACCUUUGUUUCUUCAGAUCAUUUGAUUUUUCCCAGCAAGGGAGAUAAUGAUAAAAAUUGCUGCUUCAACUUAAAAACAGAAAAAUAAAUGCAAGGUUAUUUCACCCCAAGCCCAAUCGUUUUGUUCCUUUAAUUGCUCUAAAAUAGUUUUCUAUUAGCUUGCUUAUUGAAUUAAAUGUUUAGAAAAUUUUAAUGUUUUUCCUUUCUUUUAUAUAGUCCUCCUGAUUCAGUAAAGAACAUUUAGUAAAUUUGUGUUUGUAUGGUACUAUCUGAAGUAAGAUUUGUUUAGAUUGGGUAGCUGCAGAACAAAAUUAGUAAUAAUUAGGUACAGUGAGUGGUACAAAAUCAUUUUAGCAGUGGUUCUUAACUUUUUACGUUCCUAGACCCUUUGAAAUUGAUAAAUCCUAGGAACUUCCUUACCCAGGAAAAUUCAUGUAAUGUACAUAACUCCCCAAAGUUUACAAAUAUGCAGCGAUCCAUCAGCCUUUUUCCUGCAAAGCCCAUAAAAAUUUCAAGGGCAUCAAAAUAACUAGAGUCUAUUUUAAGGAAGUGUUUCACUUUUUAAAAGAUAGAAGAGGUGGAUGGGAGACUAAACUAGAUCCUGGCAUUAAAAUAAUUCUUUUUUAAAGACUAUUUUGGGGAAAAGCAAGUGAUUAAAGAUGAAUAAAAUAGAGCAUUUGUACUAGUUUUGGAGGACAACAUCACUCUUAAGUUUGCCACGUGAAACUCAAUAGAAAAGGGGUUUUAAAAAAUGGAAAUUGAAAGUUUGGAAUGUUUCUGACCUGCAUAGUGCAAAUAUAGUAUAUUCAUAACACGUUUAACUGUCAGAUCUCACUCAGGUUUUAAGAUUUUGAGCUCCCUAGUCUUAGAAGAGUUCAUUAAAUGUAUAAUUUACUUCAAAUUCUAAGGAAUUAGGUAUUUACUUAGUGAUACAGAAAGUUAAAAUAAGAUGUAACAUAUGGCCAUUAAUGUACAGGAUUAAUGGGAUUUUUCUAUUAAAAUAUAACGACCAUGAAAAAAUUGAUUAGCUUGUUGCAUUUGUUGCCAAAAUUGGGUGUUCAGUUAUAGCUUAUUCAAUUCCCAUUUGUGGGAAUUUUGAAACAAAAACCAAUUGUCUUACUUGGUUAGCCAUUGAUUAAGGCAACAGCAUAUCUGCAGGAAAAUAUCUUGUUUGUAGUAAUACACCCCAAUAGUUGGUUUUACUCUUGAAAUGAUUUAUUUCACUUAAUUUGUAUAAUUGUUAUGAGUGGAGAGACCAUAUACAUGUUAAAAGCAUGUUUCAUUAUAUAUAUAUUCAUUUUUUAAAUCUAUAAAUGUAAGACUAAUACAACUGAAGAAAUAUUUUUCCUAAACAAUGUAUAACGAAAUUCUCCACAGUUAACUCACCCACUGUUUGCUGUUUAUGUGAUCCAAACUUUUAAAGAAAUUCCAUAAAUGUAUAUUUUGUAUUAUGUACCAUUUUCCUGGUCCAAAGAAAACAUGUGAAUUCAGUUCUAACUUUAAGAAUGUACUUUUUUUUUUAAGUCUGUUGAAGAAAUUGCAUUCAGCCUGUGAAUGAUUGCAGAUUGUAUGUGAGAUGAAAAGUAGAAAUAAUUUCUAGUUUGCAAAACUGGUGCCACUAAAUAAACAGGCAAUUGCAUAA